AUGGCACACAGGCACGCCGCGGCGCAUCCCGACCCUAGUCCCGACCGACAGCACACCUUCGUGCCUGCCACCACUUCCACCAUCGCCACUCAGAUUAACGUGAACGACCCGGACGACAAGAUGGGCGGAAUAGACUACCUGCGCCUAGACAAGAACCGCGACAAGGCGUACGCGUUUGAUUUAGCAUUUGACGAGAGCAUCUCGCAGCAGGAUGUUUACGAGAAGGCGAGCGCUACUUUACGGCAUGUCAUCGAUGGCGUGCUCCGUGGCACCAACGCGUGCUGCUUUGCCUACGGCGCAACGGGGUCAGGAAAAACCUACACGAUGACUGGCGUGCCGGGCCAGCCUGGUGUGAUUCCGUUGACGGUGGCUGGCCUGUUUGAAGCCAUCGACGCCUCUAAGACGCGAGUUGUGGUGCGGCUGCAGUACGUCGAGAUCUACAAUGAGGUGGUCAAGGACCUGCUCGACCCGUCAGACAAGAUCACGCUGGACGUGCGGGAGGACCCGCGGCAGGGAACAUUUGUCGCCGGCGCGGCGUCGUUGGUCGUCGGCUCGAGAGAAGCGGUCGAGGACAUGCUAGCGAGGGGCAACCAGUUCCGCACCACGUCUGCCACCGGUUGCAACGAGGUAUCAUCCCGCUCGCACGCGGUGCUGCAGCUGCGGCUCGAGACGGAGAAGGAAGGUGGCGCCAAGGCGAUCGGGAAGCUCGCCCUCAUCGACCUUGCCGGUUCGGAGCGAGCCACAAAGACCGACAACCGGGGGCAGAGGCUGAAUGAGGGAGCAAACAUCAACCGGUCGUUGCUCGCGCUUGCCAACUGCAUCAACGCGCUCGUGCAAGGGGGCGGUCCUGGCGCCGGCCGGGGCAGGGGGCACGCUCACGUGCCAUAUCGCGACUCGAAGCUGACCAGGCUGCUCAAGGACUCGCUCGGAGGGAAGAGCACCACGUGCAUCAUCACCAACGUCUCGCCCGCCUCGGACCAGUUUGAGGAGACGAUCAACACGCUCAAGUACGCGAACCGCGCCAAGAACAUCAAGACC